AUGUCGUUGCAAGAACUUUCGAUAGGAAAUGAUCUUAAGGACCAGUUCAAACCUUCUUCUAAGUGGAUCAACAAUGGUGUAAGCUGGUUACUGGACAUUGAGAGUUUCUACAAAGAACGAGCUACCAUUGAACAAGAGUAUUCCGCUAAGCUCAACGACCUUUGCAAGAGGCAUUUUUCCAAGAAAGCUAAACAGUCGUCAUCGUUGUCUGUUGGUGAUGAACCUCAGAUUACUCCUGGCUCUUUAGAGAGUGCUUCUGUGGUUAUGUGGAACGAAGUUCUUACCCAAACCGAGAAUAUCGCUAAAGAAAGAGAGAAUUUAGCUGGUGAAUUUACAAACACGAUUGCUUCAAAUGUGAUUCAAUUACAAAGCAAGUGUCUGAACCUUUCCAAGCACAUUGAGACUAUUCAUGAGUUCUUAGACUCCGAAAAGACAAAGGUGGAAGACGAUGUUGCGAAGUCGAAGAAGCACUACGACUCAUUAUGUCAAAAUACAGAGACUGCCAGACUUAAAACAGAGAAGUCACUGAACGAGAAGUAUCAGGCUAGACUUAAGGAGAGGGAGAUUGAUAUGAAUAUCGGAAAGAAUGCCUAUUUGAUCUGUAUCAGUCAGGCCAACCGUCUUAAAGAUAAAUAUUAUUUCCAGGAUUUACCUGAAGUUCUUGAUUAUUAUCAGGACCUUAACGAGACAAGAGUUACCAUUUUGAAUAAGAUUCUUAAGAAUGCCUCUAUCAUUGAACGUAAUUCUAAUGAUAAGGUUAAGGACUUGCUUCAUGACGUGGAUGCUGUCAUAGAUCAAAAUAACCCUAAAUUGGACGUUGCUAUGUUUAUCAAGCAUAACAAUAGAGCUUGGAAAGAACCAAAUGACUUUGUCUUUGAGCCAUGCAGUUUCUGGCACGAUGACGAAUCUCUUGUUACUAAAGAGCCAGAGUUGACCGACUUGAAGAAACGUUUGAAUCAGACGAUCAACAAAUACAACAUAGGAAAAGAAAAUACGCUCACAGCGAAGCAAAAGUUGGAAGAGGUUGCUCAAGAUCGGUCAAGCUCCGAAGAUAAAGAGUCACUUAGGUUUGACCUGAGAUUAGACGAUGUCUUGACUUUACUUCACAAAUUUAUGAAGGAAGACUCAGAAAGAGUCAAGCUCGAAGUCGAAAUUGAAAUUAUUCAAAACUUUGCUGGUGACCAAGACAUGUCUUACUACGAGGAAGCCAAGCCAAAGAAAUCAAGGUUUGGUUUAUUCAAAAACAAAAAACAUCACAACACUGAACAACAAGGCAGUGAAACACACUCUCUUCACACUGUCACGAGUAACAUUACGUCACAUUCUGGUGGCCUCUUCAGUUUACGAAGAAACAAAACGGUCGCUUCCAACAAUGAGGGCAGCGCUUUGUCACUCAAAGCUAGCGCUAACUAUCCAUACGAUGCUGAUGGAGACGACGAAAUCUCUCUCCGGCCAGGAGAAAGCUACGAUGUCUUGGAGGAGGACGAUGGCUCUGGAUGGACGACUCUUAGGGCUGGCACUGGCGCACAGGGUCUUGCGCCUACUUCUUACUUGACUAUCACUACUGGUGGUAGCGCCGCUGGCGGAAAUGAUCUGGGCCUGACCCCAAAGAAGAAGGGUCCAGCUGUGGCACCUAAGCGUGGAGCCAAGAGAGUCGAAUACGUUGAAGCACUUUACGAUUACGUUGCAGACGAAGAUAAUGAAUUGAGUAUCAGAGCAGGUGACAAGAUCGUGCUUGUACAGGCGGAUACAGAUGGUAGCGGAUGGACCGAAGGAGAACUUGACGGACAGAAGGGACUUUUCCCUACUGCUUAUGUCAAACGCAUAUAG